AUGGAUGAUGAAAUGGAGGUGGAGUUUAUGGUGUUUGAAGCGCGUAAAGUUGAUCUUGAUUACGAGUUUGAUGCUGCAAAGUACUUCGAUUUCACUCGCGACGAGUCAAUCGCGGAGGCGCGUGAAUCUGAGCGGUGGUUUGAUGCGGCGUCGAGUUAUCCUCCGUCUCCAUUUGUGGCAAAGUUCGUGUUGGGAGAAGACAGUCUGCUGGAGAAUGUUAAUACCUCUCCAAAAUCUAAAGAUGAGGAAAAUAGGGCCACUCUGCUUAGUGAUGACAUGGGACCAGAAGUUUCUGCAGUAGAGGUGGACGAUAGAGGAUCAACUUUUUACCAUCAGAAAUCUACUGAUAAAUCAAAACCCAAGGAGAAAUCCUCUGUCAAGCCCACAUUUCCCAGGAGUUCAACUUUGAUGAAACCUACAGCCAGUCAGUUGGCUAAGCAAAAUCAGCCCCCUCUCGGUGGUUCCAGAUUUCAGACACUGCUGGGUCAAACAGAGAGAAGCUUAUGCAAUUCUUCUGCAAUGGAAAGUCAUUCUGCCAAGAGGCAGAAACUGGAAGGAGGUCACUUACGGAAGAUUGGCGAUGGAAAGCAGAAAACAGAUUUCAUCCACAAGAAAUCUGAAAAGGUUGGUAUUAUUGAUAAAAUCUCCUUUCAUACAAAACUAAGGCUCACUGUUCCGCGAGAGCCUGACCUUGAAACAGCACAAAGGGCACAAAGGAUGAGGUCCAAAGAUAGUACAGAACAGCAACAGAUGACAGUGCCUGCACGGAGAUUCAAAGCACGCCCACUGAACCGAAAGAUCCUUGAUGCUCCUUCGUUGCCUCUUCCAAAGAAGAGUACUCCAAAGUUGCCUGAGUUUCAAGCUGAAGUGCUAUUUCGCAGGGGCUGGACAAACCUAGUACAAUUUGUCUUGCAGAAAGAGUGA